GACGAAACGGGGACGGGGACGGGGACGGGGACGGCGCCGACGCAGGGGGAGAGGGGGGACGACGAGGGCCCGGGCGUGCGGUACCGCUUCAGCCUGACGCUGAAGGCGAUGACGCAGGACGCGGACGGCGUGGACGUGACGUUUUCCGACGGCAGCACGGGGCGCUACGACCUCGUGCUCGGCGCCGACGGCCAGUGGUCGCGCACGCGGCGCCUGAUGUUCGGCGAGGAGGCCGGGCUGGGGAUGUUCCACCGGCUGAACGUGCACGUCGCGUACUUCACGGUCCCCCGCCACGCCGACGAGACCGACGAGCUCGCGCGCGCGUUCCAGCCGGGGGGCGGGCGGGCCGUCAUGUCGCGCACCGGCUCCCGGCCCGAGACGCAGGCGUACCUGAUGUUGCGCACCGAUUCGGAAGAAGUGCGGAAGGCGGUGGAGCGGCAGCCGGCGGAGACGCAGAAGGCGCUGUUCGAGGAGAGAUUCCGCGGCGCAGGCUGGAAGGCGGACCAGUUCCUCGACGCGAUGCGCGACACGAAGGACUUCUACGCCGACUCCAUCGGCCAGGUGAAGGCGCCGACCAUGGUGCAGGGGCGCGUCGCGCUGCUCGGCGACGCGGGGUGCUGCGCGAGCCCCGUCACGGGAAUGGGCACGACGGUGUCGCUCAUCACGGCGUACGUGCUCGCGGGGGAGCUGGCGCGGAACAAAGGGAACGUGCCGCUCGCGCUCGAGGCGUACAACGUCAAUGUGAAACCCUACAUCGACGAGGCGCAGAAGCUGAUGCCGGGCGUCCCGCAGCUGAUGACGCUGAAGUCCCGGUGGGCGGUCGCGCUGUUCUACGCCGUGAUAAGGAUCGUGAGCUUGUUGAGGAUCGACAGGCUGGUCGCGUCGGUCACCGGCGAGGAUAAGGGGGGCUUGACGGUGCCGGAGUAUCCCGAGCUGAAGUUUGCUCCGGUCGCUUAAGAGUACGUGGGUAUCAAAGGGGAAACAAAAUAAAAUAAGAAUAGAAUGAAGGAGCAGGAGGGUUUGAGUGAUUUUUAAGGUUGGAAUGAGAUACCCAAAGGAGUCGGGUUUUCUUCGCUUUUGUUUUACUACAUCAUGGACUGGCAGUAGACGAGAACUGGGCACAGGUAAAGGAAGCGUGGCGUUAGGUAUGGGAGUUGGACAUCUCCACGCAUUUUAGUGUAUAAACAUGAAUAUAUGUCUCUUCUCUACAUAGUAUGGAUAUAAAACCUCAAACUUACGACGAUACCUACGAAGUACAUCGGCAUGUAAUACCUAUUCAUGUGGUUCACUAUUUCAGAUGAGCAUAUUAUAGUAUUAAAAACAGUUGAACA